GCUGAGUUUGUUCUUGUUUUCUCAAAAAUUCUCAUUCCCGCCCACUAUUUGUAUCUCCAGUUUCAACUUUGGAAAACCAGAUGAGAAGAAGCAUUGCUAGACUUAUGGGCAGGGACACUUGCGAGGCUGAUUACUCAUUGCUUACCAUUUCACCUUUGCUGUUCCUUAUAUUGUUGGGAGUGAUCAACUUUAGAAGUUGUUGAUUUAACCAUUUGGUGCUUCUAUAGGAACUGAACUUUUCAAGUUUGCUGUUGUUAAAGAUUUGAUAAUGACAUAAGAGCAAGCUGCCAUGAAAUCGAGCCGAUGUAUGAAGAGAAAGGUAGGUGAUGUUCAUGAAAAAUACAGUGACAAGGAGAAUGUAGCAUCAAAGAAAGCAACAUGUAGGAUUGGUCGACAGAAUCUGAAAGCAGCAGGGGACUGUAGAAAUUUUUCGGCUGGGGAAAAUGAUGUGACUUUGCCCUUACAAGCUGCUAAGGCAUCUUGUCAAAAGCUUCCAGGAAGGACAACGUGUUCCCCUGUAACAAAAGGAGGUGCUGCAGAAGGGAGUCAACAGCUUAAUUCUUGUAAGAAGAUUAAGCUACAGCUUUUUCCAAUAAAUAAAAGUACCCGACAGAGAUUGGAGAAGGAUUGCUGCAACCCAUUCCAGGAACUCACUUUAAGUGCUCAGAAGAAGAUAUCAUCAGUGAUUAAGCACCUUAAUACAAAGUGGAGUUCUACGAGUUUGGGGUUAGGGGAGCUCCUUCUAUUCCCCUAUGAUACUUAUACAGAAAACAUAACAUCGCAGAAAAGAUGGAGCUCUAAAGAUACCAAUGUUUCUGCAGGAGAAGUGUAUGCAGCAAUAGGAAGUCCUGCCAUUUUUCGCUUAAGGUAUGACUGGUUUUCUGAUCUUAAGCUCAAGACUUUUGAGGUACCUGAUAGCUCCCAGCCCUCUGGUAUGCAUUCACAAUCAAGGGGUAAUAAGAGAAUCUUUGCUGCUGCAAUGGACUCAGCAAAUGACAAAGUGGAGGGAGCUAAGUUGAAAAAUGAAGAGCUUAUUAAACCAAUCUGCAAUAAUGAGCGUGCAAAUGUAACUGAGAAUCAGAAUAUGGCUUUGAACAUACCGGUUGAUCACAUGGUUGAUGAAGUAAGAAAGCAGAAUGUCCUUUCAAAGAUAGAUCCGUGGAAUGAUAUUUUGACCAACCUAAGCAUUGGAGGAUUGUUUUCUGAGGCAUCUAUGCCAGGAAAGAUCAGCAACUCAGAAAAUAAAUUGGAUUUGCAGCCACCGCCGUUUAGUUCCUACUUUAGCACAGGAAACUUCCCUUCUGAAGCGUCUUCUCAGGGAAAGAUUAGUGAUUUCAAUUUAGCUUCAAAAGAAACAUCUGGGUUGAAGGAAACAUCAGAGUGUGGCCACCACAUUGAGUCAAAUUUUUUGUGGGAUUUUAAUUGCACUAACUUGAGCAUUGGAGGAUUUCUGUCUGAGGUGUCCUUGCUGGAGAAACUAAAAAAACAUGACCAAAGAAGUGAGGACAAACCAAGCUCGCAGGAUGCGUUUGUUGCUGCAUGCAUUAAUUCACAACCUGAAAUUUCCAAGUCAUCACCUCAUGAAUUGCACUCAUCUAUCUUGGAUGCUGAAGAGACAUGCCAUGCAUUUCCAGUGCGUAAAGCUUCAUCAGGAAAUGAAAACGCCACAACUUUGUGCGGAACAGCUGGUCCUGACAAUUCAAAAUCUUUCAGAAUUCCAUCAUCCUCUAAUGCUGCUGGGGAUCAAUCAUCUCAGCAACCAAAGACAACCCUCUUUCCUCGUUCACGGGGUGUUUUCAAUGAAGACAGCAGCCUUGGGCUAAAGGGCAACAUUAAAUGGGAAGACUCUUUGGGACCAUUUGAUCUUGGACAGCCCAUUUUGAGACCCGUUAGCGGUGGGGACAGUGUUAGCCUCAGCGAGUUCGUUAAAUAACAAACUGUAGAGUCUUGAAAUGAAUACCAUAAACAGAAGAAAAUUCUCCUCAGCUCGAGGAUCAAAUUCUUGAU